AUGAAACUGUCUCCUUUGCUUGAACAGUUGCUUAGAAAGCAUAAGUUAGCGGGUAAUCCAGUAAAAGCAGUUACUCCAGAAGAAGAAACAAAAGAGAAGAUUUAUCAGAAAUUAAAGGAAAACAUAUUCUUUAGAGAUAUAGAAGAGUGCGAGCUAAAUGGGAUUUCAUUGUGUUAUGAUGAAUUAGUAGAGUAUGCUAUAGAAGAUACUUCAAAUAAAAAGAGUACAGCUGAGGAAGAGGUUGAAUAUAUGAAGGAGUCACUUCAGGCGGUGUUUAGAGAGGUAUUAGAUUCAUUCUACUUAGCAGAAAAGCAUGGGAAGUACUAUUUACACAUAAAGUACACUGAAGAGCCAAGCUUCUUAAUACUUGGACCGCAUGCUACUGCAAAGAAGAGUUCUAAUACAUCCGAGGAGAUAAGUAAGUUUAAGGAUUUAUGGAAUGAUAAAGUGGAGUAUAGAAAAUUUGAUAAUGGAGAUAUUCGAGUGUGUGCUUCAUUAAAUGCACCAACACAGGAUGCUGUUAGAUAUGAAAUGCUCAGUAAAAUAUUUGACAUAAAAACAGUCCCAGAACAGUCUAAUAAAAAUAAAGCAUCUAAAAGGAAAGGAAAAAUUCUUACACCAACAAUUGCACUAGAAACAGUCACACAUAAAUAUAAUGGAAUAAAUAAAAAGAAGAGCCAUGAGUCCAUUAACAAGUCACUAGAAGCAAUGAGAAGCUCUUUCCCUGUGAGUAUUUUAGAGUCUAUACACACGGGUAGCUAUAGCCGGCAGACACAGGCUAUUCCUGAUCAGAGAACACAGAUAUAUUUAAAAGUAGGACGAGGACAUUUAUGGCCAGAAGACAAUGGAGAACUCUCGGAUGCAUCUAUCACAGCACUUAACGGGAUUCUUGGAAAGUUCUUAGAGAAGCACAGUAAAAUAGAGGGGAUAACAGAGGAAAACACGCUCUACACAAGCCUAUUUGGUGAGAAUUUCGAAUUUAUCUUUGAUGUGCAGAAAGAAAUGCGGUGGCAUAAAGAGAAGUACUAUCUAAUGAAUUUUAGAAUUGAGUAUGAAAGGUUCUUCCAAGAAAUCUCAAUUAAGCAAAAGGUCUUUCCAAAGCUGUGCGCACUCGUAAAAACUCUUUUAUACUCCCACGGAAUAUAUCCACAUUACAUCGGCGAUGAAGCUGUAGAAAUUCUCUGUUAUAGAACAGGGUAUAAAGCAAAUACACUUGCUGGCGGCCUUCGAUCGGUUAUAUCUACACAGUAUUCACAUGGAUAUACAUUAGACAUUCGCAGGGGAAAGAAUAAAAUCCGGUCUAAAAACAUAGGAAAGAUAGAAAUAACACACCAGGAUGGUAUUUACACAAUUGAUUUGCCAGAGGAGAAAAUAUUCUUAAAGAUAAAUAACAUAUUCAGAAGGUCGCUUCUGGUUUUAGAGAAUAUUCCAGGAAUUACUUCUAAUAAUGAAAUAUCAUCAGCUUUCAAGGAAAUAUUUAUCCCGAAUAUACAGGAUAUAUCCUUCUCACUGAGUAGAGUGCAGAUGAAGGGAUAUGAAGAAAUAUCGCACUACUCUAGUAAAUUAGGAGGAAGUUUGGGAAAGAUUAUGAAUGAGUCGCACUGUAAAAAUGUUUUAUUAAACAUGGGAAGUAUUCCAUACUUCUGCCGAUCUGGAGUAAUUCAUGUUUCAGUGAAUAACAGAGAUCAGCUUAGUCUAAUUGUGGGUGCAUCCGUUCUCUUAACAGGAAUGAAGUACAUUAACAUGCGCGGUCAUCAAAUUUAAAC